AGCGGGAGGAGGAGCCGCGGGAGUGAGAGUCGUUCCCAUGUGAGAGGCUCCGCGGCCAAAUUCCUCGCGUGCGGCGGCGGCGGAGGCGGCGGGCGGCCUGGCGUCCGGCCGGACGGAGAGCCCCGGUCCGACGCGAACCGGCGGCCGGGCGGGCGGCGGGGGCGGAGCGCGGCUGCGCCCAGAUGCGGCGGCCGCCCCGGGGGCUGUGAGCUGGGCGCCCGCCUGCGGGGCACCCCGCCCGCCUCGGGCAGCGCCCCCCGGCACGCGGCAUGCGGGCGGCCGACUCGGGCUCCUGGGAGCGCGUCCGGCAGCUCGCGGCGCAGGGCGAGCCGGCGCCUUCCUGCGGGGCCGGGGCCGGGGCCGGGCCGGCGCGCCUCCCGGGACCAGCCGCCGGCGAGCCGUGUGCGGACGCCGCAGGGCCCGGCGAUCGGCCCCGCGCCCGGGCGCCCUCCGUGCGAGCCGAUGGCGACUGCAGCCAGCCCGGGCUGCUGCGGGAGGAGGUGUCCCGGCUGCAGGAGGAGGUGCACCUGCUCCGGCAGAUGAAGGAGAUGCUGACCAAGGACCUGGAGGAGUCGCAGGGAGGCAAGUCGGCCGAGGUGCUGUCGGCCACGGAGCUCAGGGUGCAGCUGGCCCAGAAGGAGCAGGAGCUGGCCAGAGCCAAAGAGGCCCUGCAGGCCAUGAAAGCCGACCGGAAGCGCCUGAAGGGCGAGAAGACGGACCUGGUGAGCCAGAUGCAGCAGCUGUACGCCACGCUGGAGAGCCGCGAGGAGCAGCUGCGGGACUUCAUCCGGAACUACGAGCAGCACCGCAAGGAGAGCGAGGAUGCCGUCAAAGCUCUGGCCAAGGAGAAGGACCUGCUGGAGCGGGAGAAGUGGGAGCUCCGGCGCCAAGCCAAGGAGGCCACGGACCACGCCACGGCACUGCGCUCCCAGCUGGACCUCAAGGACAACCGGAUGAAGGAGCUGGAGGCUGAGCUGGCCAUGGCCAAGCAGUCCUUGGCCACGCUGACCAAGGAUGUCCCCAAGCGGCACUCGCUCGCCAUGCCGGGCGAGACGGUGCUGAACGGCAACCAGGAGUGGGUGGUGCAGGCGGACCUGCCGCUGACCGCAGCCAUCCGGCAGAGCCAGCAGACGCUCUACCACUCGCACCCCCCGCACCCUGCAGACCGGCAAGCGGUCAGGGUGAGCCCCUGCCACUCCCGGCAGCCUUCUGUCAUCUCCGACGCGUCCGCCGCCGAAGGCGACCGGUCCUCCACGCCCAGCGACAUCAACUCCCCGCGGCACCGGACGCACUCCCUCUGCAACGGCGACAGUCCCGGCCCAGCUCAGAAGAACCUGCACAGCCCCAUUGUACAGUCACUAGAGGAUCUUGAAGACCAAAAACGGAAAAAGAAGAAAGAGAAGAUGGGAUUCGGCUCCAUCUCCCGCGUGUUCGCCAGAGGGAAGCAGCGGAAGUCCCUCGACCCCGGCCUCUUUGAUGACGCGGACAGCCAGGGCAGCCCCACGCGGCAGAGCCUCAGCCUGUCGGAGGGCGAGGAGCAGGCGGACCGGCUGCAGCAGGUGGAGCUGGUCAGGACCACGCCCAUGUCCCACUGGAAGGCGGGCGCCGUGCAGGCCUGGCUGGAGGUGGUCAUGGCCAUGCCCAUGUACGUCAAGGCCUGCGCUGAGAACGUGAAGAGCGGGAAGGUGCUGCUAAGCCUGAGCGACGAGGACCUGGAGCUGGGCCUGGGCGUGUGCAGCUCCCUGCACCGGCGCAAGCUGCGCCUGGCCAUCGAGGACUACCGCGACGCCGAGGCCGGCCGGAGCCUGUCCAAAGCCGCCGACCUGGACCAUCACUGGGUGGCCAAGGCCUGGCUGAACGACAUCGGCCUGGCCCAGUACUCCCAGGCCUUCCAAAACCACCUGGUCGAUGGGCGGAUGCUGAACUCCCUGAUGAAGCGGGACCUGGAGAAGCACCUGAAUGUGUCCAAGAAGUUCCACCAGGUCAGCAUCCUGCUGGGCAUUGAGCUGCUGUACCAAGUGAACUUCAGCAGGGAGGCCCUCCAGGAGCGCCGGGCCCGCUGCGAGACACAGAACACAGACCCCGUGGUCUGGACCAACCAGCGGGUGCUCAAGUGGGUGCGCGACAUUGACUUGAAGGAGUAUGCCGACAACCUGACCAACAGCGGGGUCCAUGGCGCCGUGCUGGUGCUGGAGCCCACGUUUAACGCCGAGGCCAUGGCCACCGCCCUGGGCAUCCCCAGCGGGAAGCACAUCCUCCGGAGACACCUGGCGGAGGAGAUGAGUGCCGUCUUCCCCCCGACCACCUCCACGGGCAUCCGGGAGGCGGAGCGGUUCGGAACGCCCCCCGGGCGGGCCCCCGGCACCCCCCGGGCGGGGAAGGAGGAGAACAACGGUGGCAUCAGGCACAAGGCUGGCCGGCUGCCCCUGGGGAAGAUAGGACGGGGCUUCGGCAGCAAAGACCCCGAUUUCCAUGACGACUACGGCUCUCUGCACAACGAGGACUGCGGGGACGAGGACCUGGAGGACCGGCCGGAGCAGUGCCGCCUGGAGGGCUACAACGGCCUGGAGGUCACCAACGUGUGAGGAGCCGCUGCUCAGCCAGACCGACCCCGGGAGCCGCCGGAGGGAGAGGAGCCGGACGCUGUCACCUGUACACAGUGCCAGCGACUGCGGAGGCCUUGGUCCCGGGGAAAACCCCCACAGACACUGCCAUCCGGAGGCGAGACAGGGAACCAGGGGGCGCCUGCCAUGGACGACCUGCCCGGGGAAGGGCGCUGGCCCCCAGGACCUGUCACCAUGCCGGCCCCCCCGUCACCCAGGCUCCACCCAGAGUGACCGGCUGGCUGCCAAGCUGGAAAGGGGCCCCAACGCCCCAUCCGGGGGGAGCAGGCAGGCUCCACGCAGACAUGGAGCCCAGCAGGGACAGAGGUCAGGCAGGCAAAGCCCGAGGCUGACCAGUCAGCAGGGGGCCCUCCAGCCAGCGAGGUGGCCGGAGAGACGCCACACGGAGGGAGAGCACAGCCCCAGCCUCCUGCCCCUGUGACUGAGACCCUGGUUCCUGGGUUCUCUUUGGGGUCGCUGAGCCCCUCUCGGGAACAAGCAGAACAGGGAAGUCAUUGCUCUGCCCCUAACGCCCAGCACGGGGUGGGCAUGUGGAGGAGUACCUGCCCGUCCUCCAGCACCAGCUCCGGGGGUGGGGGCAGGUGGAUGGUGCGUGCGGGGCGGGGCUUGGCAAUGACGGUGCCAGGAAAUGCAGACUUCCUGUCCAGGGGUGAAGGGAGGUGCCGGCAGGAUCGGGGAUGACUGAGGGAGGUCUGGGAGGACUGGACCAAAUGUGGCCGCGGAUCUGGGAUUCUCUAAACCGGCAAACCUUCCCGGGGUGUCUGUCACGGGCGCCGGGGUGACAUCAUCGGGGUGACAUCAUCGGGGUGACAUCAUCGGGAUGGCGGAGAGGACCCUGGCCUCUGCCUGGCUCGCCGCGGUGUGCCGUGUGGCUCCUCCCCGGCGGGCGGCCUCCCCUCUCUGUGCUCAGCACCUCCCUCCGCUGUGACUGCCUCCCUCCGGGCUGCCGCCAGGACUAACACUGCUAACGUCUGUAACACACUUCGCAGCGGCUCAGGAGGCAGGCGCGAGGCCGAGGUCAACACAGGACGGACGUGGGCCUGUCCCCUCUCAGUCCGUAAUGUUGGAAGCAACGUGCAAAAGGAGCACAAGGAGCGUGGGAUAUUUCCUCCCCCGGGGGGUGGGCGGGCAGGGAGACGCCCCCUUUCAUCCGAAUGCGUGGCCUCCUCGGGACGCGUUUCUGAUUCUGAGCCUGAGGCGUGACGCUCUGGGCCUGCCUGGCUUCGCUGAGGUCUCAAACCCCAGUGUCUCAUUGACAUUCAGCCACACGUGGGCCGAAGCCUCAGAGCCCGCAGAGCCCGCAGCCGGGGAAGGAGGAUAAAAGGCCCAGCCAUGCCGGUGCCCUGGUCACUCCUGAGCCAGCCUCAGCCUGGGUGACGGCCACCCCAGGACCUGCCUCCAGGGGGCAGCAGACCAGGAGGCCGGUCAUUCCUGCAGGGUGAGUGGGAAGGGCAGGGUGAGCGAGGCAGACCUGCUUAUUGAAACUAACGGGACUUGUCAGAAAUGAACUCGCCUUGUCCCCUGCACAUGCCCUUUGCAGACCAGGUGAGCAAGCAGUGGCUGGGGGGGUCACCAGCCGGGAGGGCGUCAGUCCGAAAGGCCUGGGGCCACGUGGGCCACUCCAAAUCCACCUUCUGGUCUAAAGAUGCCCUGACCACACAUUCGCUCCUCCCCGAUGCCCGUGUCCCUGGUGGCAGGGGAGCACUGGGAGCUGGCUUUUCCACAUGAGAGCAGGAUGACCGGUAAACAAACAAGCCCCAUACAGAGUCCCUUCUGGUGGGCUUUGUCUGCUGGAAAACCCUCAAUGUCAAUCUGCUUUGGGGGGGCCAGGCGGACUUGGCAGGAAGACCUGGUGGCUAAUUGACAAGGGCUGGUGGAGCGGCCACCUGCACACGCUGACCGGCACGUCCUGUCCGAACAGCCUGGGCUGGGGUCUUGGCCCUUGAAGGGUGACGUGGCAUCGGGACAUGGCUCUCUGAAAGGUGUCACCCGUGCCUGCGGGUGCUGGCCCCUUGGAGAGGGGCGGGUGGUGCCAGGGGCAGGAGCACCAGGGUAGGCAGAGGGGCCGGUGUUCCUGCCAGAGGCUGGGCCAGAGCCACCAGGAGGCACCUGGUUGGCACUCAGCUUUCUGACCCUGGCACCUCUGAGAGCCCCCUCUGUCCAGGGCUGAGCAGAGCCUUUCUCUGCCGUCAGCAUCGCUGUCACCGGGCCCCAGGCUGCCGAGGGCAGCGAGAGGCCAUAUGAGACCCUGACACAGCCAGCGUGGAGGGGCCCCAGAAUAAUGCCCCCCAGUCCUGAGCUCGUGACCAGGGCUGGGGCUGGCAGCGUGGGGUGGCCUGGGCAAGAACAGGCCUGAGUGCUCCCCGCAGGGCCAGGCCCCUCCAUGCUCCAGGGCCAGCUCACGUCCUGCCGCCCUCGCCAUCCCUUCACCCACCAUCACCUGUGUCUGGGGCAUCACACCCUGGGCUGCUCUUCGAGGCCUCCACAGGCUCCGGGCCGUUGAGUGACACGAAAGACCCCGUGGGAAACAGAACCGUGGGAAACAGAACUGUGGAAACGGGCCUUCUUGCCGGUGGUUGGCUGUGGGAGAAGGAUUUCCCGAGCCCUCCCCCACCUGCCGGGGGCUGCCGAGGCCUCAAGCCUGGAACACCUUUCCCAGAGAGAACAUUAACACUGUAACAAUAAACACUACUGCACAGCGCU